AUGGAUGGAAAACAACAAAUUGAACACAUUUUUUUAAAGAAGAACAUCAAAGAUCGAAUAAGUUACCGUGUUCGAUUAAUUGCUUCAGUUGAUUGUAUUCGCUUUCUUGUACGACAAGGUCUUGCAUUUCGUGGUCAUGAUGAGUCCCAAGAGUCUAAUAAUCAAGGUAACUUUCUCGAACUUCUAACGUUUCUUGCUAAUCAUAACGAGGAAGUUAGAGAUGUUGCUUUAAAAAAUUCUCCGGAGAAUCUUAAACUGACUUCGCCAAAGAUUCAGAAGGACAUUGUAAACGCUUAUGCUAUGGAAACAAUUAAUGUUAUUAUUAGAGAUUUGGGAGAUGUUGUUUUUUCUAUUUUAGUUGAUGAAUAUCGUGAUGUAUCCAUAAAGGAACAAAUGGUCGUAAUGUUUCGUUAUGUGGACAAGAGAGGGUGUGUGAUUGAGCGAUUCAUCGGUAUUGAACAUGUUCCUAAUACCAUUACAAUCUCACUUAAGAUAGCAAUUGAUAAGUUGUUUUCAAAGCAUGGGUUGACCAUAUCAAAAUUAAGAGGUCAAGGGUAUGAUGGAGCUAGUAAUAUGAGUGGAGAGUUUAAUGGUUUGAAAAGUAUUAUCAUGAAGGACAAUGAAUGUGCUUUUUUUGUCGAUUGUUUUGCUCAUCAACUACAAUUAGCACUCUUGGGUGUGGCAAAGAAACAUGAUUUAAUAGGUACUUUUCUCACCGUAGUGUCUAAUGUGGCGAAUGUUGUUGGAGCCUCAUCUAAGCGUCGUGACAUUCUCCGGGAAAAACAAUCUCUCAAAGUCAUCGAAGCCUUAAAAGGUAGAGAACUUUUGAGUGGAAGAGGCCAAAAUCAAGAAAGUGGAAUUAAGCGUCCAUGUGAUACACGUUGA